CCACCCAACCCCUCCCAGCGGCGAGGCGAGGCGAGGCGAGACAAGAAAACCCUCUCUUGUCCCCUCCGGCCGGAGAUCGAUCGGCGAUGGCGCCCGCUCCCCCCCUCGCCCCCAAGCCCGACCCCGACGCCCCGGCUCCGGCGUUCCCGCUCACGCCCGAGCUCUGCGCCGCGCUCCGCCGGGAGGCCGCCGGCCACGACCCGGGCGGCGCGGCCGCGGGGACUGCGCGUCUCACCCCCGAGAUCCUCGCCACGCUGCGCCGCGAGCUCGAGCCCUCCCCCGACGACCACUCCCACUUCGCCAACCGCCUCCGCCUCUCCCAGCAGCGCCUCGACGCCAUCUCCGCCCGCCUCCCCUCCGCCACGCCGCCUCGCGCACAGUCUCCCCUGCCCCCGCCGCCCCCUCCGCCGCGGGAGCCGUAUCCCCUGCCCCCGUCCCCUCCUCCGCCCAGAGCGCGCGCCUCGUCCCCGGCCGCCGGCGCCUCGGGCUCGGUUAGGAAGCGCCCGCGCGGGGGCCCGGGCGCGGAGAUGGUGCGCGCCAGAGUCGCCGCGUCGCAGGCGGACAUGCUGCAGGCGCGCAACAUGGUGCGCCGCGCGCGGCUCAUCUUCGAGGCGCUCCGGGGCCGCUGCCACCGCAACACCGAGCACCACCACGCGGGCCGCAACCGGGCCGACAUGCGGGCCCUCAGCGCCAUGAUCGACGGGGAGCUCUGCCUCUACCGCGACGUGCGCAUCGUGGGCCCCGUCCCCGGCGUCCUCGUCGGCGACGCCUUCAACUACCGCGCCGAGCUCCUCGUCGUCGGCCUGCACUGCCACACCCAGGCCGGCAUCGGAUACGUGCCCGCCAGCCAGGUCAGCGAGGGCCACCCCGUCGCCACCAGCAUCGUGUCCUCGGGCGGGUACCUCGAUGACCACGACAACGGGGACGUCUUGAUGUACACCGGGAGCGGCGGCCGUCCGCGCAACGGCGGUGACCACCUCUCCGACCAGGAGUUCCAGCGGGGCAAUCUCGCCCUGUCCUACAGCUACAACUACGACGUCGAGGUGCGCGUCAUCCGCUGCCACGACUGCGACGCCAGCCCCAGCGGCAAGCUCUACGUCUACGACGGCCUCUACAAGGUCCAAUCCACCACCUACGGCCCUGGCAAGUCCGGCCGCGAGGUCUGCCGGUUCAAGCUCGUCCGCCUGCCAGGCCAGGACGCGCUCGGCAGCAACACCUGGCGCGCCGCCAGAGACCUCACCGACGCGCUCGUCGCCAAGAUCCGGCCGCCCGGCUACCUCACGAUGGACAUGUCCAAGGGCAAGGAGGCUGUGCCCGUCCCCGUCCGCAACACGGUGGACCAGGACGUCUCUCCCCUCGAGUUCGAGUACCUCGCAUGCUCCGAGUUCCCGGCGCCGCCCAAACCGGUGAGGCGCGGCCACAAGUGCUGCAUCUACUCCAAGACGGCGUGCAGCGAGAUGUCGUCCAAGUGCGCGCCCUCCGGCUGCGCCUGCGUGAAGAGGAGCGGCGGGGGCGGCCCGGCGUACAGUGCCGACGGCACGCUCGUGAGGGGACGGCCGGUGGUGUACGAGUGCGGCGCGAGGUGCGGGUGCCCACCCAGGAGCUGCCCCAACCGCGUGACGCAGCGGGGGAUGAAGCACCGGCUGGAGGUGUUCCGGUCCAAGGAGACGGAGUGGGGCGUGAGGACGCUGGACCUGAUCCAGCCGGGCGCCUUCCUCUGCGAGUUCACCGGAGACGUGCUCCCCGCGGAUCACCCCCGCAUUGCCAACGCGAACACCAAUGCCAGUACCGGCGCGUCAAUGGAGGAGUGGGGAGGCAUCGUCGACCCGAGAAAGUUCCCGCCGAGGUGGAGGGAGUGGGGGGACGCCCCCGCGGCCGUGCUUCCGGACGACGGCGAGGAACCACCCCGGUUCGCGCAGUGCCCGGCGCCGGGGUACGUGAUCGACGUGUCCAAGAGGAGGAACUUCGCGGCCUACAUCAGCCAUAGCCGCGCACCGAACGCGUUCGUCCAGCUGGUGGUCCGCGGCGACGAGGACGAGUCGUGCCCCCACCUGAUGGUCUUCGCCAUGGAGACCAUCCCACCCAUGCGCGAGCUCAGCAUCGACUACGGCGUCGAUCAGUGAUCGAUCGGCAACGUUUCCUAUAUGUGCGUUCUUCUGCCAUUUACAUUUACAUUUACAUUUGCCAUGAAUCGUUCUGUCAUUGUUGUCAGUUGUAGCAUGGAUGAAAGCGAUCCUCCUCUCGCUGAACUGUAUGCUUUGCUUUCCUUCUCUGUGUCUGUAAAUUUUCUCAGUCUCAGUCAAUUGUUCACAUCCAACUUGUCCCGACUUCAGGACUUCAAAAUAAUAACUGUCCGAGUUAAGUUCCAAACAC